CGCGGCGCACGGGCGCGGGGACGGCGCGCGGGGAGCGGCGCGGCGCGGCCCGCCAGGCCCCGCAGCCCAGGCCCGCGCCAUGGAGUCGGAGGAGGAGCAGCACAUGACCACGCUGCUGUGCAUGGGCUUCUCGGACCCCGCCACCAUCCGCAAGGCCCUGCGCCUGGCCAAGAACGACAUCAACGAGGCCGUGGCGCUGCUCACCAACGAGCGGCCGGGCCUCGACUACGGCGGCUACGAGCCCAUGGACAGCGGCGGCGGCGGCGGCGGCCCCGGGCCCGGGCCCGGCGGGGGCUCGCGGGGCGACGGCGGCGGCGGCGACGGCAGCGGCGGCCCCGGCGGCGGCGGCGGCGGUGGCGGCUCCGGCUCCUCCCGGGGCGGGGGCGGCGGCGGCGGCUUCGACCCCCCGCCCGCCUACCACGAGGUGGUGGACGCCGAGAAGAAUGAUGAAAAUGGAAACUGCUCCGGAGAAGGAAUUGAGUUCCCCACCACGAACUUGUACGAGCUGGAAAGCCGCGUCCUGACAGACCAUUGGUCCAUCCCAUACAAGCGAGAGGAGUCCCUCGGCAAGUGCCUGCUGGCCUCCACCUACCUGGCGAGACUGGGUCUCUCUGAGUCUGAUGAGAAUUGCAAAAGAUUUAUGGACAGGUGUAUGCCUGAAGCAUUUAAAAAGCUCCUGACGUCAAGUGCUGUUCACAAGUGGGGCACUGAAAUUCAUGAAGGGAUCUACAACAUGUUGAUGCUGUUAAUAGAACUUGUUGCAGAGAGAAUAAAACAAGACCCAAUUCCCAUUGGUCUCCUGGGGGUGCUUACAAUGGCUUUCAAUCCUGAUAAUGAAUACCAUUUUAAAAACAGAAUGAAAGUGUCCCAAAGGAAUUGGGCAGAAGUGUUUGGAGAGGGGAAUAUGUUUGCUAUUUCACCUGUAUCUACUUUCCAAAAGGAGCCUCAUGGAUGGGUUGUAGACUUGGUGAAUAAGUUCGGAGAAUUAGGUGGAUUUGCUGCGAUCCAAGCUAAGCUUCAUUCAGAAGAUAUAGAACUUGGGGCAGUCUCAGCGCUGGUGCAGCCCUUGGGUGUGUGUGCCGAGUACCUCAACUCCUCCGUGGUGCAGCCUAUGCUGGAUCCGGUCAUCCUCACCACCAUCCAGGAUGUGCGGGGCGUGGAGGAAAAGGACCUCAAAGACAAGAGAUUGGUUAGCAUCCCUGAGCUCUUGUCUGCCAUCAAGCUACUUUGCAUGCGCUUCCAGCCGGACCUGGUGACGGUGGUGGACGAUCUCCGACUGGACAUCCUCCUGCGUAUGCUCAAGUCCCCGCACUUCAGUGCUAAAAUGAACUCCCUUAAAGAGGUGACCAAACUGAUUGAAGACAGCACUUUAUCCAAGUCUGUGAAGAACGCGAUAGACACAGACAGAUUGUUAGAUUGGCUCGUCGAAAACUCAGUCCUGUCGAUUGCGUUGGAAGGCAACAUAGACCAAGCACAAUACUGUGAUCGUAUAAAGGGGAUUAUUGAACUUUUGGGCAGUAAGUUGUCUUUAGAUGAGCUCACUAAAAUUUGGAAGAUCCAGUCAGGACAAUCGUCUACUGUGAUCGAGAACAUACAUACCAUCAUAGCUGCAGCCGCUGUGAAGUUUAAUGCCGACCAGCUUAAUCACCUGUUUGUUCUCAUCCAAAAGAGCUGGGAGACGGAGAGCGACCGAGUGCGCCAGAAGCUCCUCAGCCUGAUCGGACGCAUAGGCCGGGAGGCGCGCUUUGAGGCCACCUCUGGAAAGGUGUUAGACGUGCUCUGGGAGCUGGCCCACCUCCCCACGCUGCCCAGCAGCCUCAUCCAGCAGGCGCUGGAGGAGCACCUGACCAUCCUGAGCGACGCCUACGCGGUGAAGGAGGCCAUCAAGAGGAGCUACAUCAUCAAGUGCAUUGAAGACAUCAAAAGGCCUGGAGAAUGGUCAGGUUUGGACAAAAACAAGAAGGAUGGAUUCAAGUCAUCUCAACUUAACAAUCCCCAGUUUGUAUGGGUGGUACCAGCUUUGCGUCAGCUCCAUGAAAUCACUCGCUCAUUCAUAAAACAGACCUAUCAAAAGCAAGACAAGAGCAUUAUUCAAGACUUGAAGAAAAACUUUGAAAUAGUGAAACUGGUGACUGGCAGCUUGAUCGCCUGUCACCGGCUUGCGGCUGCCGUGGCUGGGCCUGGAGGCCUCACUGGUUCGACGCUGGUGGAUGGCCGGUACACGUACCGGGAGUAUUUAGAGGCCCAUCUAAAAUUUCUGGCAUUUUUCUUGCAAGAAGCUACUCUCUAUCUUGGCUGGAAUCGUGCCAAGGAAAUCUGGGAAUGUCUUGUGACUGGUCAGGAUGUCUGUGAAUUAGAUAGAGAGAUGUGUUUUGAAUGGUUUACCAAAGGGCAACAUGAUCUCGAGAGUGAUGUGCAGCAGCAGCUUUUCAAGGAGAAAAUUCUUAAAUUGGAGUCAUAUGAAAUCACUAUGAAUGGUUUUAACUUAUUCAAGACAUUUUUUGAAAAUGUGAACCUCUGUGAUCAUCGAUUGAAAAGACAAGGAGCUCAGUUGUACGUUGAGAAGCUGGAAUUGAUAGGAAUGGAUUUCAUUUGGAAAAUAGCCAUGGAGUCCCCUGAUGAAGAAAUUGCUAAUGAAGCUAUUCAGUUAAUCAUAAACUAUAGUUACAUUAAUCUGAAUCCUAGAUUGAAAAAGGAUUCUGUAUCAUUACAUAAGAAAUUCAUUGCUGAUUGCUACACAAGACUAGAAGCAGCCAGUUCAGCACUUGGUGGCCCCACGUUAACACAUGCCGUGACCAGAGCAACCAAGAUGCUCACGGCAACGGCCAUGCCCACCGUAGCGACUUCCGUGCAGUCUCCGUACAGAUCCACUAAGCUUGUAAUCAUCGAGAGAUUGCUGCUGCUGGCAGAACGCUAUGUGAUCACUAUCGAGGAUUUUUACUCUGUUCCACGAACUAUUCUACCUCACGGUGCCUCGUUUCAUGGACAUCUUUUAACUCUAAAUGUUACUUACGAGUCUACCAAAGAUACUUUCACUGUCGAGGCCCACAGUAACGAGACCAUCGGGAGUGUCCGGUGGAAGAUCGCCAAGCAGCUGUACUCCCCCGUGGACAACAUACAGAUAUUCACCAAUGACAGUCUGCUGACGGUGAACAAAGAUCAGAAGCUUCUCCACCAGCUGGGCUUUUCUGAUGAGCAAGUGCUGACAGUGAAGACGUCGGGCAGCGGGACCCCGUCCGGGAGCUCGGCAGACUCCUCCACCAGCUCCAGCUCCAGCAGCAGCGGGGUCUUCAGCUCCUCCUACGCCAUGGAGCAGGAGAAAUCCCUCCCCGGCGUGGUGAUGGCGCUCGUGUGCAAUGUCUUUGACAUGCUUUACCAGCUGGCCAACCUCGAAGAGCCCAGGAUAACGCUGCGAGUCCGGAAGCUGUUGCUCUUGAUACCCACCGACCCGGCCAUCCAGGAGGCCCUGGAUCAGCUUGACUCGCUGGGGAGGAAGAAAACGUUGCUGUCUGACGCGAGUUCUCAGUCCUCCAAGUCCCCCUCCCUGGCCUCCAAGCAGCAGCACCAGCCCAGCGCUAGUUCCAUCCUGGAGAGUCUCUUCCGCUCCUUCGCGCCGGGCAUGUCCACCUUCAGAGUGCUCUACAACCUCGAGGUUCUGAGCUCCAAACUCAUGCCAACGGCUGAUGAUGACAUGGCAAGAAACUGUGCGAAGUCCUUCUGUGAGAACUUCCUCAAAGCGGGAGGCUUGAGCUUGGUAGUGAACGUCAUGCAGAGGGACUCCAUCCCCUCGGAAGUCGACUACGAGACGCGGCAGGGCGUGUACUCCAUCUGUCUGCAGCUCGCCCGAUUCUUACUUGUGGGACAGACCAUGCCCACGUUACUGGAUGAAGACCUCACCAAAGACGGCAUCGAAGCCCUUUCCUCCCGCCCCUUCCGGAACGUCAGCCGGCAGUCGAGCCGGCAGAUGUCACUGUGCGGCACCCCCGAGAAGUCCUCCUACCGGCAGCUGUCGGUGUCCGACAGGUCCUCCAUCCGAGUGGAGGAGAUCAUCCCGGCUGCCCGAGUGGCCAUCCAGACAAUGGAAGUAAGUGAUUUCACUGCCACCGUGGCUUGUUUCAUGAGAUUGUCAUGGGCUGCAGCUGCUGGACGACUAGACCUUGUUGGGAGUAGCCAACCAAUUAAAGAAAGCAAUUCUCUGUUUCCUGCUGGGAUUCGAAACAGACUUAGCAGUUCAGGGAGCACCUGCAGCUCGGGGAGCGAAGGCGACCCGGUGGCGCUGCACGCGGGCAUCUGCGUGCGCCAGCAGUCCGUGUCCACCAAAGACUCGCUGAUCGCGGGGGAGGCGCUGUCCCUGCUCGUCACCUGCCUCCAGCUCCGGAGCCAGCAGCUCGCAUCUUUCUAUAGCUUGCCCUGCGUGGCCGACUUCAUCAUCGAUAUUCUGCUUGGCUCGCCCAGUGCUGAGAUUCGCAGGGUCGCCUGUGACCAGCUGUACACUCUCAGUCAGACGGACACUUCAGCUCAUCCAGAUGUGCAGAAGCCAAAUCAGUUUCUCCUGGGCGUGAUUCUCACAGCUCAGCUGCCUCUCUGGUCCCCAACCAGUAUUAUGAGAGGCGUCAAUCAGAGACUGUUGUCUCAGUGCAUGGAAUAUUUUGAUCUGAGGUGCCAAUUAUUAGAUGACCUAACAACUUCUGAAAUGGAGCAGUUAAGAAUCAGCCCAGCUACCAUGCUUGAAGAUGAAAUUACUUGGCUGGAUAACUUCGAGCCUAACCGCACAGCCGAAUGUGAGACCAGUGAAGCGGACAAUAUCUUACUGGCAGGCCACUUGCGGCUCAUCAAGACGCUGCUGUCUCUCUGCGGGGCGGAGAAGGAGAUGCUGGGUUCAUCACUCAUUAAACCACUGUUAGAUGACUUCCUUUUCCGAGCCUCUAGAAUCAUCUUAAACAGUCAUUCUCCAGCCGGCACUGCCGCCAUCAGCCAGCAGGACUUUCAUCCAAAGUGCAGUACAGUGAACAGCCGACUGGCAGCCUAUGAAGUUCUCGUGAUGUUGGCUGAUAGCUCACCUUCCAAUCUGCAGAUCAUCACAAAAGAGCUGCUGUCCAUGCACCACCAGCCUGACCCUGCUCUCACCAAGGAGUUUGAUUACCUCCCCCCAGUGGACAGCAGGUCCAGCUCAGGCUUCGUGGGGCUGAGGAACGGCGGGGCUACGUGCUACAUGAACGCGGUCUUCCAGCAACUCUACAUGCAGCCCGGGCUCCCCGAGUCCUUACUGUCGGUGGAUGACGACACAGACAAUCCGGAUGACAGUGUGUUCUACCAAGUGCAGUCUCUCUUUGGGCAUCUGAUGGAAAGCAAGCUGCAGUACUACGUACCCGAGAACUUCUGGAAGAUUUUCAAGAUGUGGAACAAAGAACUUUACGUGAGAGAGCAGCAGGAUGCAUAUGAGUUCUUCACGAGUCUCAUUGACCAGAUGGACGAGUAUCUCAAGAAAAUGGGGAGAGACCAGAUUUUUAAGAAUACUUUUCAGGGAAUCUACUCAGAUCAGAAGAUUUGUAAAGACUGUCCUCACAGGUAUGAGCGAGAGGAGGCUUUCAUGGCUCUCAACCUGGGAGUCACCUCUUGUCAGAGCUUGGAGAUUUCUCUGGACCAGUUUGUUAGAGGAGAAGUUCUAGAAGGAAGUAAUGCGUAUUACUGUGAAAAGUGCAAAGAAAAGAGAAUAACGGUGAAAAGGACCUGUAUCAAGUCUCUGCCUAGCGUCUUGGUGAUCCACCUGAUGAGAUUUGGAUUUGAUUGGGAGAGCGGACGCUCCAUUAAAUACGAUGAACAAAUAAGGUUUCCCUGGAUGUUAAAUAUGGAGCCGUACACCGUUUCGGGAAUGGCUCGCCAAGAUUCAUCCUCAGAAGUUGGUGAAAAUGGACGAAAUCUGGACCAGGGAGGUGGAGGAUCCCCACGGAAGAAGGUCGCCCUGACGGAGAACUACGAGCUCGUGGGCGUGAUCGUGCACAGCGGGCAGGCGCAUGCGGGCCACUACUACUCCUUCAUCAAGGACAGGCGGGGGUGUGGAAAGGGAAAGUGGUAUAAGUUUAAUGACACCGUUAUAGAGGAAUAUGAGCUAAACGAUGAGACGCUGGAAUAUGAAUGCUUCGGAGGAGAGUACAGACCAAAAGUUUACGAUCAGACAAACCCGUAUACUGACGUCCGCCGGAGAUACUGGAACGCCUACAUGCUCUUCUACCAAAGGGUGUCUGAUCAGAACUCCCCCGUGCUACCAAAGAAAAGUCGGGUCAGCGUGGUGCGGCAGGAGGCCGAGGAUCUGUCUCUGUCGGCGCCGUCAUCCCCAGAAAUUUCGCCGCAGUCGUCCCCGCGGCCCCACCGGCCCAACAGCGACCGGCUCUCGAUCCUCACCAGGCUGGUGAAGAAGGGGGAGAAGAAGGGCCUCUUCGUGGAGAAGAUGCCCGUGCGGAUCCACCAGAUGGUGAGAGAUGAAAACCUCAAGUUCAUGAAGAACAGAGAUGUGUACAGCAGUGAUUAUUUCAGUUUCGUUUUGUCUUUGGCAUCAUUGAAUGCGACGAAGCUCAAGCACCCGUAUUACCCUUGCAUGGCCAAGGUGAGCCUGCAGCUGGCCAUUCAGUUCCUGUUCCAAACUUAUCUCCGGACUAAGAAAAAACUCAGGGUUGACACUGAAGAGUGGAUCGCUACUAUCGAAGCAUUACUUUCAAAGAGUUUCGAUGCUUGUCAGUGGCUGGUUGAAUAUUUUAUUAGCUCCGAAGGACGAGAAUUGGUCAAGAUUUUCCUGCUGGAGUGCAACGUGCGGGAGGUCCGCGUGGCCGUGGCGACCAUCCUGGAGAAGACCCUCGACAGUGCCUUGUUCUAUCAGGAGAAGCUGAAAAGCCUUCACCAGUUGCUGGAGGUACUGCUUGCUCUGUUGGACAAAGAUGUUCCAGAAAAUUGUAAAAACUGUGCUCAGUACUUUUCCCUGUUCAACACUUUUGUACAAAAGCAAGGGAUCCGGGCGGGGGACCUGCUGCUGAGGCACUCGGCCCUGCGACACAUGAUCAGCUUCCUGCUGGGCCCCACGCGGCAGAACAACCAGAUCCGACGCUGGAGCUCGGCGCAGGCGCGAGAGUUCGGGAAUCUCCACAACACCGUGGCGCUGCUCGUCCUGCUCUCGGACGUCUCCUCCCAGCGCAACGUCGCUCCUGGCAUCUUCAAGCAACGGCCACCCAUCAGCAUCGCCCCCUCGAGCCCGCUGCUGCCCCUCCACGAGGAGGUGGAGGCGCUGCUGUUCCUGUCCGAGGGGAAGCCCUACCUGCUAGAGGUCAUGUUCGCUCUGCGCGAGCUGCCAGGCUCGCUGCUGGCCCUCAUGGAGAUGGUGGUGUACAGCUGCUUCUGCAACGAGCUCUUCUCCUUCACCGUGCUGCACUUCAUCAAGAACCAACUAGAAACUGCGCCUCCCCAUGAGUUGAAGAAUACGUUCCAGCUGCUCCAUGAGAUCUUGGUCAUUGAAGACCCCAUUCAAGUCGAGCGAGUGAAAUUCGUGUUUGAGACCGAAAACGGGUUGUUAGCGCUCAUGCAUCACAGCAAUCACGUGGACAGCAGCCGCUGCUACCAGUGCGUCAAAUUUCUUGUAACUCUUGCUCAAAAGUGUCCUGCUGCUAAAGAGUACUUCAAGGAGAAUUCCCACCACUGGAGCUGGGCCGUCCAGUGGCUGCAGAAGAAGAUGUCGGAACAUUACUGGACGCCCCAGAGUAACAUCUCGAACGAGACCUCGACCGGAAAGACCUUCCAGAGGACCAUUUCCGCGCAGGACACGCUGGCCUACGCCACGGCGCUGCUAAACGAGAAGGAGCAGUCGGGCAGCAGCAACGGGUCGGAGAGCAGCCCCGCCAACGAGAACGGGGAGCGGCACCUGCAGCAGGGCUCCGAGUCACCCAUGAUGAUCGGCGAGCUGAGGAGUGACCUGGACGACGUGGAUCCCUAGGAACGAGCCAGUCCCCGUAGGGUGGGCCGCAGUCCGAGCUCUCCGAGCCUGCCGGACUCUGGAGACUGGCCUCGAGGGUUGCUUGCAGGGCCGGGCGUGGGGCUCCGCACCUUGGGGCCCGCUGGACAGCAGGACCCCGGCCGGGGCCGCCGAGCUGGCCCGGGACACAGUCCCGGCGUGGAUUCCCGUUCUCGUGGAGACUCCAGGGAGGAAAGCUGGCGGCAGACUUGUGUCAUGGACAUCCAGGAGGAAGGGUGACGCUGUUGCUUUCUGAUGCUACAAAAGAAAUCCCUCUGGUUUUAUAUUUUAAAAAAGAAAAAAAAAGAAGAAAAAAAAAAAAGCAAGCUGCCUUUCGAUAUGUGGGGGGGAUUUUUAAUCUUUCUGUAACAUUGCUUAGGACUCUCCGACUCCAGGUGGCGUACAGGCUCACGGUCAGACUCCUCCCCGUUGUAAAAUAGUAGUCAGAGCGUCUCGCCCAUGCAGGCCUUUGUAUUUAAUACGUCUCCUCUUUGUACAGUCCCAGCUGGCCCAGGCGGGAGGCCCGGCUCGAGCUCGGACCUGGACGGGCGUGGCCAGGCUCCGUGGGGAAGGACUCCGCUCUUUUUUUUAAGGGUUUUUUUUCCCUGAUAUAAUUGAGUUUGUAAAGAGCCACUCAGCCAAGUCCGACGAGCCGCUGUGUGUGCCCCCCCAGAGCAGAGACCGUGGUCUUCGACCUUAGCCCCUACAGAGGCAAAGUUGCUCCCGGAACAAAUUUUAAAAACAGCAAAAUAAAAAGCACUUUAAGAUACAAUUCUGUUGAGUCUGACUCCAUCGCAUCAUCUUUUUCCUGCUCGGAGACAUGCUGAAUAAACUGUAGUCUUAAGCCUCGUGCUGAUCUGCCAUCCUUUGCUCGUGCUCGGAAUGUCACUUCGGAACCGUUCCGUGGGCCCGUCGCAUCGCGCACGAAGUCCAACGAUUUGGGAGGCAACGGCUGCGGGUUUCUGGCGGUUGCCACAGAGACGGAACCCCGGCUGGGUUUCUCCCACAGUUGCCAGAUCCUACUGAAGAGUCGGGGCAAGAUUCCCUUUCCCAGAAGGUUCUAGAAAGCAGUGGAACCCUCCCCCCUCCAGCCCCCCGUCCAUUUCCUUCUGUUCACCGCACACAGCACCGUUCUCUCUCCUCAGGUCCGGCACAGGCCUCCCGGGGCGGGGGUGGGCUCAUGCCAGCACCGCUCACGUGUCUUGUGGGUUUUGGACUGAGUUGCUCCCCGAGUUGUGUGCCCCUCAGCUGCGUGUUUGGCCUUACUUCCCCCACCGUGCACAGAGCUGGGGGGAGCCCUCAGGACCCCCCAGCCGCCACUUUCAGACAGGCUCCGAGGCACGGCCGGCCGCCCAGUGCCUUUCUGGUCGCUCUUGCGAUUUGUGCGGGCACGAGACAGCGCCACCUCCCCACUGUGCACGCCCCACGCCCGCCCCCCGACUCCCGACUCCCCGGUGCAGAGUCCUCGGACGCCUGCCACACCCCGACUCCUCUCCCUCCCCGCGUCCCCCAGGCUGUGGGCCAGUGCCCACGGCGCUGAUUCCUGCAGUUCUGAAUUUGAUUCUUGGAGCUGGUUUUGGACGCACAGAUGCAAGCCCCUGUCCCGCCGUGCCUCCGCACCCCAGGCCUCGCGGGAGGAGGGCGUGGGGUGUGACACAGGAGCUCGUCGCUGGUGGCCUCUCGCGCCAGAGCCCCCACCGGGGAGCGAGAGUGAGACGGCCGCCCGGAGUCCCUAUUUCCUAUGGAAACGGACCCCCCCGCGGCAGCUCUGUCUGACGCCUGCGCUUCUGCCCCCGCUGUGGCGAGCCCCUCUCCCCUCUGCCGGUGACCACUGGAUUCCCAGCCCACGGCCUGCGAACCUGCUGAUGAGUCCUGACCCGGGCAGCCGAGGGACCGCGACCCCAGGCCUUGUGAGAGCCGUCGUUUCUACUGCCAAUUUUUUGGGUGAAGAUGUUUCUAUGAAUCUCUUUAAACAGUCUGCAGAGCAAGUAGAAACCGCGCACCUGCUCGGGGCCGCGUGUCCUCGAGAGACGCCCUCCACGGGCCCUUCCUGGCAGGGCCAUCUGCCAGGCCUCGACUCCGAGGAAGUCCUGGCAUGGUCACCUGCAGCUCAGACCAGUCGCAGGACCCCGACUGCCCUUCCUGCCCCUCCCACCCCCCAGCACCCGCCAGCACUGAGAGGUGUGGUCAGCGGGAGCUGCCCUUCUGCUACCUCUCGUGGACACGACCUCGUUCAUCAAGUUCUGAAAAAAAGUCGAUGACAAAGACUAGGGGGGAGUCCUCAGUUCCAAACUCGGUUAAUGUAUUGGCAGCGUUCUUAGCUUCUAAGGAUAUAAAAUAAAUUUUUCAAAAAUGUA